CAGAGCGAGGAUAUGAUUGGUUGCUAGAACGCCCCGCGCCACCUCCCACGCGAGCGGACCAAUGAGCUGACGGUGGCGGGCUCGGCGCGGGCCGCGUCGUGGAUGCUGUGAGGGCGGCGGCACUGGUUACUGCGUGUGGCGGCCCGCGAUGAAGCCGCCCAUUUCAAUACAAGCAAGCGAGUUUGAUUCUUCAGACGAAGAGCCUGCUGACGACGAGCAGACUCCAAUUCAAAUUUCAUGGCUACCUCUGUCACGAGUGAAUUGUUCUCAGUUUCUCGGUUUAUGUGCUCUUCCAGGUUGUAAAUUUAAAGAUGUUAGAAGAAACAUUCAAAAAGAUACAGAGGAACUAAAGAGCUCUGGGAUCCAAGACGUAUUUGUUUUCUGCACCAGAGGGGAACUGUCAAAAUAUAGAGUCCCAAACCUUCUGGACCUCUACCAACAAUAUGGAAUUGUCACCCAUCAUCAUCCGAUCCCAGAUGGAGGGACUCCCGACAUUGGCAGCUGCUGGGAAAUCAUGGAGGAGCUGGCCACCUGCCUUAAAAACAACCGAAAAACCCUGAUACACUGUUAUGGAGGACUUGGAAGAUCUUGUCUUGCUGCUUGUCUCCUCCUAUACUUGUCUGACUCAAUUUCACCACAGCAAGCCAUAGACAGCCUUCGAGAUGUCAGGGGAUCUGGGGCGAUACAGACCAUCAAGCAAUAUAACUAUCUUCAUGAAUUCCGGGACAAGUUAGCUGCCUAUCUGUCAUCAAGAGAUUCACUGUCAAGAUCCGUGUCCAGAUAAGGAAGAGCCCAGACACGCAGCCGCAGCUGAAGUUCCAAGUUCUCUAGCGUAAUCUGUAUUGGAGUGCUACUGCCAUCCUGAACAUAAAUGUUAUGUGCAGACUUCUAAA